AUGAGACGCGGCGCCGCCCGGACCCUCCUGCUCGAUAUGUACCUGCCAGACCCAGUGGGCGAAACUCUGUUCAAGGAAGGCAAGAGCCAGGCGUCGUGGGGCUCCCUGGGGCCAGGCGUCCAGAAAGGCAGCGGGCAGAUCCAGUUGUGGCAAUUUCUGCUGGAACUGCUUUCGGACCGGGCCAACCUGAACUGCAUCGCCUGGGAAGGCACCAAUGGUGAAUUCAAACUCCUGGAUCCUGACGAAGUGGCACGGCGCUGGGGUGAGCGCAAGAGCAAGCCUAACAUGAACUAUGACAAACUCAGCCGGGCCCUACGCUAUUAUUAUGACAAGAACAUCAUGACCAAGGUGCACGGAAAACGCUACGCUUAUAAGUUUGACUUCCAAGGCCUUGCCCAAGUCUGCCAGCCAGCAACACCUGAUCAUACCCUCUACAAAUUCCAGGCCCCCCUACCAUUCUCUGGGAUUUCCAAACUCAACAUUAUGGCCUCGGGUGUGACCCCGACCAGCUUCUCCUAUUGGCCAGGUUCUACCCCAACCUUGUAUCCCAGCCAUGGCUUGCAGCCUUCAGCCCCUUUUGGUACCAUGGCAGCCUCCCACAUCAAUAACAUGAACAGCCACUACCACUAG